AUGCCUCCCAAAUCUAAGAAGCGUGCCAGCAAGGCCGAUGACUACGAUUCCGAUGGCGGUUUCGUCGAAGACGCUCCCCAGUCCAAGCGUGCCAAAACGGCAAUCUCUAAAGACAAGCAAGUUGAUGAUGAUGGAAAUCCUUAUUGGGAGCUCUCUGGAAAGCGUCGUGUGACCUUGUCAGAGUACAAGAAAAUCCAUCUAAUCAACAUUCGCGAGUAUUACGAGAAAGAUGGCAAGACACUUCCGGGAAAGAAGGGCAUCUCGCUUUCUCUCGAACAGUUCUCAGCUUUCCUGGGAAUCCUGCCUGAGGUCGAAGAAGCUUUGAAGUCACAAGGCCAAGAACUUCCUCGUCCAAACUAUACCCAAGACGAAAUCCCAGCUGAUUACGAACCAGAGACCGACGCCGCUGCUACUACUACGAGCAAGCUCGACAGGUUCAAGUACGAGAAAAAGAACCAUGAGGCCACCAGUGACGAGGAGGAUUGA